CGUAAGAGAUAAAGAAAAUCACGGUUUCCAGGCUUUUUGAUCUGAUCCAUAUCGAUGGCUUCGAAGAAGGUGACUCUAAAGAGCUCGGACGGCGAGGAGUUCGUGAUCGAUGAGGCGGUGGCCCUCAAAUCGCAGACGAUCAAGCACAUGAUCGAUGACGACUGCACGGACAAUGGCAUCCCCCUCCCCAACGUAACCAGCAAGAUCCUCUCCAAGGUGAUCGAGUACUGCAAGAAGCACGUCGAGGUGGCUGCCAGUAAGAACCCCGAUUUUCGCUCCAACGAAGACGAUGUCAAGGCAUGGGAUGCGGAUUUUGUCAAGGUCGAUCAGGCGACCCUCUUCGAUCUUAUCUUGGCAGCAAACUAUCUGAACACAAAGAGCUUGCUGGACCUGACUUGCCAAACAGUGGCUGAUAUGAUAAAGGGAAAGACUCCUGAAGAGAUCCGUCAGACAUUCAACAUCAAGAAUGAUUUCACCCAUGAGGAAGAGGAAGAGAUCCGACAGGAGAACCAAUGGGCUUUUGAGUAAAUGAAACCUCUGAUCACCACCGCUUAUCAUGUGUUGUUGAUCAUACAUAUACAUGACGGAGGUGUUGGUGGUGGUGGUGGUUAAGUAUAGAGUCAUUAAAUUACUAGGGUUGGCGUCUUAGUAGUUUUUAUGUGUAUAGAGUGGUUAGUUGCAGGCAAACUGUAUAUUCGCUUCCAACCUCAGAUUUGCUUUCUUUCCUUUUUAAUCCUUUGCAUUCUA